GGACAAACUUGGAAUUCGCUUCUCUCUUCAGUCUCCAUCUAUAUAUGAAGCAAACUGUUUGAUUAAAUUAAAUAUUAUCAUCAGAAGAUGAAGAAGGGAUAGAAGGUUCUAUAAAAAAACGUCUUCUAUAAUAGAGGUUUUUUAGUAUACAUAAGAGAUUUCUGUGAACAUUGUUAAGUUUUAUUUGAGUUAGUAUAUCACAAUCAAUUUGAUCACAAGUUUAAAUUGAGGCAAACAUUAAUUCUUUCUAAUUUUAUAUAAAAUGGGUACUGUUGAUUACGGUUUGUCACCAAAUGGUGGUCUUAUGCCUCAAAUACAAACUUUAAUAGCACCUCCAGUGUCUGAAGAUUCAAAAACAGGUAAAAAUAAGAGAGAUAAAGAUGAAAAGAGACAUCCAUACUUCAAACGACCUGGUAGAGGUCACAAUAGAGAUUCGUGUGAUGCCUGUAGUGAUGGUGGAGAAUUAAUAUGUUGUGAUAAAUGUCCUGCUUCAUUCCACUUACAAUGCCAUGAUCCACCGCUAGACAUCUCAGACAUCCCAAAUGGCGAGUGGAUCUGCCACGCAUGCAGGUGUUCAAAAAGAGAUGCAAAAGAAAAACUUAACUCAAAAAAAAGAAAAAAGAAAUCCGCUUUAGAAGUACUAGCUUUAGCUGCAUCUUUAGUUAAUCCUCGAGAAUUUGAAUUACCUAGAGAGUUAAGACUGCCAUUAACAUUCCCAGGGACUGAUAAAGUCGAUAUAGUACCUGGGAAAAGAGGAAGACAACCAGGAUCUUCUCACAAUAAUGGAAAAAGUCAUUGUUUAGACUCUAAUUUAAUGGUUCCACUGCCAGCAAGGUUGUGUUUUGAAUGUAGUAAAAGUUGUAAAAAGGCUCCAUUAAUUGCAUGUGAUUAUUGCCCUUUAUAUUUUCAUCAAGACUGUUUAGAUCCACCACUUACGGCUUUUCCUAGUGGUCGUUGGAUGUGUCCAAAUCAUCCAAAUCAUUUUAUUGAUCAAAACCUUCUUCAAUCUUGUAAUGCUACGGCUAGAUUAAAACUUUGGGAUCAAUUUGCUACUCGAAGAGUUGACCAACAUGCUGUUAAGUUAGAAUUUUUAAGAAAAGCACAUGCUAUCAAUCCACCUUUUAGAGUUAAAUUAGCUAGUAAUGAAAGAAUUAAAGUUAAAGUUCCAGCUAUGAUUAAGUAUUACUAUGCAAAUCCACCUGAAUUAAACUCUAUCAACACUUAUCGAAUGAACGCAUUCAUUCGUCCAUACGCUCAAACUAUAAAUAGUACAAAAGAAGAGAAGGAAUUUAAUGGUCAUGAAGAAUUACCAUUCAAUGAUUGCUCAGUUGAAAAAUCAACAAAUCAAUCAAAUAAUUUAAAACACAAAGAAGGUCAAGAUGGUUCGAGUGAAAAAAUGGAAAUUAAUGAUGGGGUGAAUGAAGAAGUAAAAGAAAGUGAAGAAAGAUCUCCAAAUGCUACAUUGAAUGACAAAAUCAAAGAAGAAACUUUUAAAAUACAAUCGUGGAAUUUAGGAUAUGAAAUAAAGGAAGGAAUACAACUUUUAGAACGUCCAGUGUUAGAAGCGUUAGCUCAACAAAGAUUAGAACAAAUUUUGAAUCCAGAUAGUGAAGAAUAUAGAUGUUUAAAUAAUCAAAAUGAAGCACGAGCAGCUUUAUUUCCGCUUAGCAGAAAACCCGGACCACCAGCUUUAAUGAUAAAAAGAACUUUAACAAUAGGAACUGGCGCUAAUUGUGAUGUACAUUUGUCAAAAUAUGGUAAUUGUGAGUGUACAUCAUCAAAACACGCUGUAAUCUUUUUUGAUGAUUCUACAAAGCGAUAUGAAUUACUAAAUUAUAGUGAACAUGGUACAACAGUUGACAAUGUAUUUUAUUCUUGUGAUUGUACGAGUUUUUCAUCAAGAAAAAGUAAAGAUAAAGAAGAAAUGUUACCCGAUCAUUGGAGACCGUAUGAAAAGUUAUCAGACAAACGAUUAGAUAGUUUAAAAUCAAUUCCUAAUGGUAAUCGAAUUUCAUGUAAAUGUUCAAUGGUUGAUCCGAAAGAAUCUAAUCAAACUUAUACUCAAGCCGGAUGGGAAGGAAGUGCAGUUGUUGCUCAUGGUUCUAUUCUUACAUUCGGCUGCCUCGUAUUCGUUUUCACCACUGUCACCGUUCAUUCAAAACAAUGAAAAAUAUAUGUAGUUAUCUGUAAAUAUUGUUCAUUGAUUUGUUCAACAAUUCUUAAUUUUUCAAAUAUUAGGAAUGAAAAAAUUAAAAUAAAUGAAAAAUGUGAAUUUAAA